UGCAAUGCAGUUACACUACCCUACCCCUCAUUAUAAUUCAGACUAGGCAUUAGCACCGCGGCAGUCUGAUAUUGAUGGCAGAAUUUAGUGAAAUCUGCAUAAAAUCUUAUUUUAUUUGCAUGAGAUCAGACAAUACCCAAAAUUAUCCGUCAUUUCCAAAAAAAUAUAGAAGUUUCACACACAAUGAUUAAAUUUAAAUGUGAAUUCAAUUAUUUGUGUAAUUCUGAGGAUAAACAAAUUAUUUAUUCAAAUUUAUACUUGGAAUUUCUAAAAAUAAUUUAAAUAUUUUUAUUUUUAAAUUGCAAUGUCUUCAGUCCAAACAGCAAGUAACGAAGAUAUUAUUUUGUCGGAGUCCGAUUCCGAAGAUGACAAAGAAGCUAACAAGUCUCGUGGAAACCUUGUUGAAGAUGAGGGGUUAGAUUGGCUGAAACCACGCACCUUGAUUAAGCCAGACGACCAAGAGGAAGUACCUGAUGCUGAUCUAGAAGAAGACGUUGGUCGUAUUCUGACGACGAUCAAUCCACAGUGGGUAGCUGACGAGGUCGCCUAUCAUUAUGGUCGCCAUCUGUUCGUAGUAAAACCAAAACCGACCUAUGGGAAAGCGUAUCCUUUGUUCGUGUAUCAGGGCACUGCUAUACGGAAGGAUUCAGAUGAGGCAAAGGCUCAAAUCGCUUCUGGAUAUGGUGGUCUCGGGUUUGAUGAAGCUGGCCCAAAACGAGCCAAGGUCAAAAAGUCCAGAGCAAAUUUAGAAGAUGAAGAGGAACCGGAACCAGAACCAGCGGCUCCAGCUGAGGAGGCUAAACCAGAAGAGGACGCAGUUGGUGAGGAAGAAAAGCCGGCUGAGGCGGCUGAAGGCGGUGAAGCGGCGACUCCCAAGGAAGCAGUCGAAGGCGAAGAAGUGACUGGCGAAGGCGAAGGUGGUGAAGAAGCACAGCCUGAAGAACAGGAAGUACCGGAAACCACUGACGCUGGUGACGAAGUCUUUGAAAUCAAACCCCGUGUGAAGAAGCUGGCGAACCAGUUCAACUUCUGCGAACGAGCCGCCCUUACAUACAACUUCCCAAGACGGUCGGUAGAUACGCAGACUAUACCGCCACCAAGAGCCAAUUACGGCUCCACGGCCUUGCAGAGCAUCAUUUUCGACUUCUAUCAAGAAGACUAUGCUAAAAAAAUGAAAGAGAAGGAAGAUGAAAAGCCAAAACGGCUUCGUAAGAAAGCGGCCAAACACGCCAAGUCGGCUCAGCAGAUACACGACGAGCAACUAGCCCAGAGGAUCAGAGAGGCCUGGGCCAUCCUCGAGAGACUGGUCAAUCAGAACAUUUAUGAUGAUAUCGCCCAAGACUACCGCUACUGGGACGACCCGUCGGACGAGUUUCGCGAAGGCAUGGGCUCUCUGCUGCCUCUGUGGAAGUUCCAGUUCGAGCCGAUGAGAAGCCACGCUGUAUGCGACUUACAGUGGAACCCUCACUAUCAGGACUUGUUCGCUGUUGCCUAUGGAUCCUUGGACUUCCAAAACCAGCAGAAUGAGGGUUGCCUGUGCAUGUACAGCAUCAAAAACCCGGCGUACCCGGAGUACGCGGUCAUCACAGAAUCACCCAUCAUCUGCCUCGAUGUGUACAAGGAAAUACCUUACUUGGUCUGUGUUGGACUGUACGAUGGAAACGUUUGCGUCUAUAAUGCGCAGUUGACUUUGGAGUCAUCAUACCAGUACAAGUCUGAUUCUGUACGAGACAAGCAUAGCAAUAUUGUUUGGGAGAUCCGCUGGGGACCGCGCCUCAUAGACGGCGAGGCGUCCUUCUUCUCAAUCUCUGGAGACGGUAAAGUGGUCCAAUGGGCCGUGAUGCCGGGGGAACUGCAGGCUACUACAAUCAUUACUUUGUCCUCUAGCGUCCCGCCCGUACCAGGGCCGGACGGGACUUUGGUCACUGUCAAUAGCUGUGGUAGCUGCAUAUGUUUCCACCCCGAAAAGUCUGAGAUCUUCAUGGUCGGGACGGAAGACGGGAUGAUCCACACGUGUUCCCUGAAAUACAACCGCAACUACGUGCGCUCAGUCCAGGGCCACCACAUGCCGGUGUAUAGGAUCCACUACAACUUGUACUAUAACAGCAUCUACGCGUCGUGUUCGGGAGACUGGAGGGUCAAGAUUUGGGAGGACGGACGGGAUGAACCCCUGUUUAUGUUCGAGUUGGGGUCACCGGUGGGCGAUGUGAAGUGGGCCCCUUACUCCAGCACAGUCUUCGCCGCUUGCACCGCUGAUGGAAAGGUAUACGUGUACGAUUUGAACGUGAACAAGUACCGGCCGAUCUGCGUGCAAGCGGUCGUCUCUAAGAAGACAAAGAAACUCACCAGGCUAGAUUUUAACUCUCGCCUGCCUGUUAUAGUCACAGGUGAUACAAAGGGUACAUGUCACGUGCUGAAAUUAUCUCCUAAUUUGAGAGUUAUGGUCAAACCUCCGAAGAAGGCUCAAGGUACCGAUCAGAGGACAUUACAGAUAAUGAAACUAGACAAGCUGCUAUCCUUAGUCCGCGACCCACCGUUCACGCCCGGGGUUGUUGACGAGAAGUUCGAAGACGAUUAGGAAUAAUAAAUGUUAUGUAUUAGUGUUAUAUGUGAUUUUAUUAGAAUAAUAUGUAAUUGUAAUAAAUGUUAAUAAAACAA